GCGGCUUUUCAAAAAAUGGCGACUAACUGUAUUAGCUUUUUGUUACUGGUUUCAGUAUCCCUGGCCUUAGCAACAAAUGAAUCAGUUAUAGCAUCAAUUACCCCAGAUUUAUACAUUUUGGAUGUUCAUGGCAACCAGAAACGAUUGGAGCACGUGGCCCUGACCUACAACUCCCAUGUAACAAUCGUAUGUCGAACUUCCUCGGUGAAUGAACAACUAUUGUGGCACUAUUCUGUAUUCGAAUCCAACACGUUUUUGCCUGUAUCAGCGUCCCCUUACCUGUCAAUAGAUCAAACGAAGCGCGGGGAAAUUGCUCUGGAGUUUAGAAGAGUACAGUUCUCGAUGGCUGGGAUAUACCAAUGUUCGAACAAUGUGGCAAGCCGCCAGAUCAGUGUACAUGUCUAUGGGAUUCUCAAUGCUGUGAGCAGCUCAGUUCGUUUAAUUUCAAAACGGGAACUCGUCGGGCAGUUACAUUUCGAAACCUACGUAAUGGACACCAGCAAUCCGCCGAUGGUGGCAUGUCAAUUUCAAGUUGGUCGUCACGGUGUCAGAUACACAUCUGUUCGCUGGAAGGGCGGCAAGCUUGCUACACAUCCCCAGUUGUACAGAAUUGUUGAUACGUUAGACAACGUGAACGGAUAUGUUUGGAGCAACCUAAGCAUCAGAGAAUUGACUUUUGAUCAAGCUCUCUACGGAAAAUAUAUCUGCCAGUUCAACAUUGUGUCGGGAUCAAUGGAGUCGGCGGAGGUAGAAAUUAUUGUGCCUCCGAUAAUCAAGAGACCUGAACACGGAAUGGGAUACUUUUCCGAUAGGAAAUUUUCCUACACUUGUCACCUGCUCGCCUAUCCAACCAUCACAGGUCCGGUUAGUUGGUCGCGUGACGAACAGCCCAUCACGUUGGACAACCAAGGAUUUGCUCGAGUCGCUGGCUAUGACUGGGAAGAUCGGGUACGUUUGGAUACCGAAGAGAACUUGAAUGAUCGUAUUAUUUUCAAUCCACUGCGACCGGACGACCGAGCUGUUUACUCGUGUUCUGUGCGCAGCCCUCUAGGGAACGCCACCGGUGCGUUCUUCUUGCGCGUAAAAGACCGAUGGGCUGUCUUUUGGCCUCUCAUUGGAAUAGUGCUCGAAGUAGUCGUCCUCUUCAUUGUAAUUCUGAUGUAUGAGAUUCGACGUCGGGCGCUAGCGAAACAGCGAAAUACCGAGGAGCAGAGUUGUGUCGGCGCCAAGCCUUCCGGUUCUGCACUGGGCUACCAUGAUGCCACGGGCGAUACGUCGAUUCGUUAUCGACAGGCGCGAGCUUGACUUACGGAAUCUGAACUUUUUGUUCAACAGAGACCACAUUUUCUCGAAAACCCUCCAUCUUUAUACGAUUUAUAUUUCGGAACGCCGAGAUUGGAGGCCUUUCACUAAGUUAUGACGGGUACAGGUUCCUGUCUGCCCUUCACAACAAAACACAUUCAUAUUUCCUCGAGCAUCUUAGCUUGCCACUAAGCCAGAGCAAACAUUUUGUAUCCACCUUCUGGGUUUGGCCAUUGUAAGCAAUCAAUCAUCUCCUAGGGUCCCUUGUGGGUGGACAUCAUCUGCUCUCUUCCCACAAGCGUUUAGCUAUCAUGCUAUUACCUAAUAACAUAAACAGUUUCUCCAAGAACAACAAUCCGUAGACUUCAUCUUCCUACCCACACACAGACAAGCGCACGCACAUGCCAUCACCAUGGCAACCUAGCAAACACCCCCUCGGGUUUGGGUUUUUCCUACUCUCCUCAGUUAGAUUCAGAGAUACACUGUUAUUUUGACUUCCUUCGUUGAUAUUUCCUCUAGAGGACCUAGUUACAGACAUUCAACGAUUCGGAUUGUCCGCUCAUUUUGGUACUGCUCGGCUCGAUUCAGUGGAUGACUUUUUCUAUAGAUAUGUUUCAUCUACGCUUAGGUGCUCACUUUGCUUCCUCGGUACUUCUUCAUCGUUAUUGACUCGCAAAAGAAGCACAUCUCACGACAGCUGUGAUAUAGUUAUGAAUUUAUCUAUACCUUGUCUACUUGUGCAAUCGGGUAGUAUUAUUCGUGUCGACACCAGAAGCACCGGAUGCACGUUUGCUGUUUCUUCCUUCUUUCAUUCUAUAUUGUUGCAACUUAGCAUACAGCAAAAACUGUUGUCCUCCUAAUGUCUGUAAUCUGACGGACUUUUGGCGAAUGUUCUGAGAAUGAUUUUUUAAUCACUACUCCAGAC